AUGGCCGAAGCAUCACCGACCGACAUCAAGAUCGCUUGUGUGGCAGCAGGCUUCACAAUAGGCUUCGGCUACCUGACGGCAUGGGAUGCAUGGAAAGUCACAAGCUCGAUGCGCGAUCCACUGCGCAACCUAUUCGUGUGGAUGGUCUGGUCCGAGCUGGUCGUCAAUGCCGCCAUGGGAAUCAUUGCAUGGCUGUUCCUGCUCGGCUACAUCAAAUCGGCUUUUGGAACAUAUUUCUCUAUCGUGGUUCUCUGGGUUAUCGAGAUCCAGUUCAUCCUCCAAAUUAUUAUCAAUCGUAUUGCCAUUAUCACAGUCGACAAGGCAUUGCUUAGGAAGAUCCGAAUCACCACAAUCUGCUUCAUCACAUGCAUCAACAUAUCAGUCUUUUGUAUCUUCAUUCCCGGCCACCUGGGGGUCAAUGAAACAUUUGUCAAGGUCAACAACAUCUGGGACAAGAUUACCAAGGUUCUGAUUGGAGCCAACGAUGCUGUCCUGAACUACUUCUUCAUUGUUCAAGUGAAGAAGAGGCUUGUCGCCAACGGCCUCCAAAAAUACAACAGGCUCGCUGCCUUUAACACGCGCAUCGCUUUGAUAUCUGUUGGCAUGGAUUUCCUCAUUAUCGGUACCAUGUUCCUGAAGAACGGAGCCGUAUUCCUACAGUUCCACCCCGUCGCCUACAUAGUCAAGCUCAAGAUCGAGUUGUCCAUGACAAAUCUCAUCCGCCGCAUCUCGCAAGAGGCCGUGCGCGACAUCAGCGGCUCUGGCGAAACCUCGAGCAUGGUCCGAAGCCGCCGCGAAUUCGGCGUUCCUGGCACCGACCACAACGAUGCCCACAUUUCGGCCGGGAAACAUGGAGAGGAUAUGGAACAUGCGCUGGAGGAGCUGGGACAGAUCCACCAGAAGCGCGAGUAUACGGUACAGGUAUCGAGCGCGGCCAAGCCUCCGGGUGGCCAUGGUCACGAUGGUAGGAGUAGUAGCACUUCGACCAAAGGCGGCAACGAGUAUCCGAUGAAGACGGAUGCUGCUUCGGAUGAGACACCACUGCAUUGGUAA